AUGGCGGCCACCCAUAUCAACGGCAACAUAGGAACCUUUCCCUCCACUGGAGACGGCAAUACAUGUACGCCAGGCAAUGUCUUCAGGACGUUAAACCUGGUGGUGGUUCUUGGGGAUGGCCGUAGUGACGUUCGUGUCACCAGCAGAAGUCGGCCGGCGAGGGCACAACGUGACGGGAUGACAUGCCAGAUGCAAGCCGGGAGCAUAGUUGCUCCUUUCCACCAAAUACUCACCCUUCCUUUCCUUCUUUUCUGCUUCUUCGAAUAUAUUUUCACAUCAGAUCCCUCCACCCCCAUAACGCCAUCUCCAAGACCCUGUUUGCUCAUGUAUAAGCGGCGCAAUCAGAAGGUGUCCGAUAUGCCCAUGAUGGAACAACUCAGGGGCAAAAGAAAGCUUCGCAUCACGCUCCGAACGGUCCCAGCAAACAUCAACAUGAAGGUCAAUGAGUGA